GGCAAAUUAAGAGAACAUUAACAUACUCCCCGUACUCCUGCAUAUUUCUGACUUGUAUUUACUAGAUAGAAAUAGGGAUUCUUAUAUACAUAAUUGAAUGUCAUCUGAUGUAGUAGCAGCUAUAAAGUGCUCCAUCUCACCUCUUGUCUGUUCGAAUCAAUGCUUUAUCUUCCAGUAGUGACAGUGACCUCUCCUUUACACAGGUAGCCUACAGCUGCUUGAAAGAGAAUUAUGCUGCUUACAGAAUGAGAGAUAAAAAUUAAGGUCUUAACAUUCGUUUAGAAAGCUGCCAGUCUCUUGUUCCCUGAAGGCAGUAGGCUAUUUCACAAAGCUUUCAGUGAUACUGUGAGGAGGUCACUGCAUGAAAUGAGAUGUUUGAACUUUUGUUUGCACGUAGUGUAUAUAAAUGAAUUCCUUGGUUUGUUUUUGAAUCUUCCAUCAAAAGCAAACUUUCUGAUCCUAUAGUUCUAGAAAUUGCUACUAAUUUGGAAAAAGAGCUCAUGUUCUGCUGUGGAAAUCCUCAGGCUUUGCAGCAGAGCCAGCAGAUUUCACGUUGAUGGAAAACUUUAUCUGUAACCCCAAAAUGCAUCAUUCCAAGCCAGUAUUAUUGGCACAGCCCUGACCAGGUGUGGUGUUCACAUAAGCAGGUGAGAGAGGAAGAGGGGGCAUUUAGGCAGAAUCGGCAGGCUUGCUUGCUUCCUGGGGCAGAGCUGGCUGUGGGACUUCCCAGAUAGCCCCGUGGCCAGUGUACAUUCUGCGCUCUGAGCUUUCCUGCUGCAGAGUUUGUGCUAGCCCCAAGUCUUUUGUCCCCUGGUUUUUGGAACAGCAAAGCAAAGCAGCAGAGAGUAUUGUUUGAGAUAAAUGAUCAGUAAAGAGAGGGAGGAGAACAAAAAAAGAAAACAUUUCUUUUAAUCACAAAGUAGAAAAUACCUGUGGCACGUGCUACGUUUGUAUUUACCAGUGUUCAGAUUUAUUACCUCCUCAUUCAUAAGAUCUAGAAAUACAUAAUUCAGGAGUAAAAAGUAAAUUUUGCAUUUUUACAGCAAUACAAUAAAUGAAGAACAGGGGAAAACAUGCUUUGAAGACCUCAGCUUAAUUUUAGGGGGAAGAACAGUUCCUAAUUAAUCUUACAUUGCCAUUUCAUCCUUACCAUGUGAGAUAGCACAUAAGCAUGAUUUUUCAUGGAUUUGCGUUAAGCUGUUUAAGAGCACAGGGUACCGUUACUUGGUACCUGCAGACAGCUUGGUGUGAGUAUUUUCAAGGUAAGAAUUUCGUGAUAGGUUUUACUGUAUUAAGCACAUGCACCAUAAGUUCUUGAAUCUGGAAUAGGUCUGUUUUAUUCUUGCUGCUUUUGGGCAGAAGAGCAUUUUUUCUGCAUGACCCAACACUAUUCCUCUUUAUUCCUUCUGAUCUAGAGGCCCAGCAUCUUGCUGUUAAAAGUGUUUGCCAUCAUUUUUGGUCUCUAAUGUCCAAUUAACCAUGUUCUGAAAAGCUGAUUGAGAAAAUGUCACACAUAAGGAAGUCAGUUAAAUUUAAUCACUUCCAGUGUGUAGGCAUUGCCAGAUGUAGUGCAAUAAACUCAACGGACCGUUGCUGCUGUUAAUUUACCGAGGAGAUUUACUUUCUUAAACUCUUUAGAUGCGAAUGCAAAAUGCUAUUUUAGACUCCGAUCUCUAAGAACAGCUGAGUGAAAGUUUUUUCUGUAGUUUAGUAUCUAUGGAUAGAGUGGGGGUUUUUAAUUGUUUUGUGGAAGAACAAGGUUAGCUGCAGAUGUUUGAACAGUGACAACAAGCAAAUGUUGCCAUAUUCAAAAGCAUUAACUGGAGCUGCAGCCCAGGGUUAGGUUUAUACUGAAAGAGAGUACAGUGUUCAAAGCACCUUCACUGGGUAAACUGGGAAACAGAAAAGAUUUGGUCUGAAGUCCUCUCGUUCAGCUCAGUUUCUUUCUGCUUUCUUCCUGGGAGAGAAUAACGCCUGCUCGAGUGCAGAAAAGACACCAACGGCGGUGUAGGAGAGAGAGAGAUCAAGUUUAUUAUUAAAUUAAUAAAAUCAUAUUUAAAUAAUUUUCUGCUACCCUCGACAGCGGUGCGGGGGAACGGGGUUGUUCUUAAAGCUGGGGGAAGCUGCGCUGCCCGCAGCCACCUCCCUGACUGGAACCGCCUUUCCCGGCGCUCCCCUUCAGGCUCCAACGGAGGCCGCGCGAGCCCGAGCGCCCGCCCUCUUUGGGCAUGCGCGUCGCAGUACCCCUCAUGUGUCCUGGCUCGGUGCGGCUAUGGCUCUGCGGCUGCUACGCGGCGCGCCGAGGGCAGCGAAGUCGUCACUGCUUUGCAGCUCUCUGAGGAGCACCAGCUCUAAGACAGGAGGAAGAUCUGAACCUGCUAAGCAGUCACUUAAGAAACCGAAGUUACCAGUAGGUCGAUUUGAUGAACCAGAGGAGUCCAGUAUAGAGAGGGAACCCCUGGAAAAAUUCCCUGAUGGAGUCAAUCCUGUUACAAAAGAGAGGGGUGGACCUAGAGGCCCUGAACCUACACGUUUCGGAGAUUGGGAGAGAAAAGGACGUUGUAUAGAUUUUUAAUGUAUAAAUGUAUUUGUAUUGCUAAUAAAAUAUUUCUAGUUGUUGAAAAAUAUAAUGUACAGAAAAAUCUCACCUGGAUUUGUUGUGAAGCUUCUUGUUUCUGUUGUGCUUGUGAUGAAUUUUGUGAGAGAUAUUAUGUAAAUAAACAUGAUGCAACUCAAUUUUUGGAGCUGUUAUUUGCUCAGUGUGCACCUGAUCUUUAAUGCUAUUUACACUACGCAAGUAUAAAUGCAAGUACGGUGAUGUGAAAUUGGUAGUCAGGAUCUUACUGAGAUCUGUAAGGGCUUGCGUUUCUUUAUGUAUUUAAACAUUUAUGUAGUGUCUUAAAAGUGCUGAAAGAGCUUUGCAGUUCAUGAACCUCGAUACUGUUCAUCAAAAGUACAGCCACUCUGAGGAGAUCCAUACUUCGCUGGUGUUCAUGUUUAGCACAGUGGUUCACUGGCAGAAGCCCCCUUUGUCAAGAACCAUUGUCUUUCCCCGUUGGGGCAGGUUGGGGUUUCUUUCCUCUCUGGGCAGAGGGGACAGAAACUCCAGUUUAGCUCAUCUCAGGCUUUAAGUAGUGUGAUAGAAAUAGAAGCUAAAUUCCGAGGGGGUCAGCUCAUGAUUGCAAGUAGCGCGGGGGUGGUCUAUAUGCAGCUUUAGAAUACUGCGCUUUAUAACCUAGCUUAUUGCACGCCAUUUGGAUUAUCUUUUCCUUGAUAAAUGGAGGUGCCUGUUUGAAAACUGGCUAAGUACUGCUUGGGGAAAAAAUAACAUUACCUUCUGAUACCUUAUGGUCAAAGGAGACUCAUUACAGUAGGUGAUCUAAUAUUGCAGGUCUUAAAACUGAGUUACCUGGCAUUGUGCCAAGUAUCUUUCAGUCAGACUGAACUCAGUUUUUCAUUCAAGAAUUUGCCUACUUGUAAAUACUGUAGUAGAGUGCAAAUCUACCACUUGUGUGGGCACUUAAUUAAUAAGAAUAAGCUGUCAUUGUUAGAAUGUGUGAACAUAUGCUCUGUUUAUUUCUGUGCAAGUUCUCUUUGAUAGCCUAAACAAAUGGAUCUCCUGUAGUCUUCAACUGUGAAUGUUUUCUUCAUCCCUUUGUGUUUCCUUCCUGGUGUUUUGCUGAUUUUUCAGCCUCUCCUCUCUUACUCUACACGCUCCAGCUUACAUAUUCACAAUUCCUAUUAGCUGAUUUUGCCACAGCACCACAGUGGGCAUUAAAAAGGAAUAAAAAAUUUCUGGAAAGAC